GCUGCGCUCAAAGAAGUGCACAUCAUGUAGAUUUUGUGACGCAAGUGGCAGUCGUCGCUACUUAGGAAAAGUCUGAAGGUUGCCGUGUAUUUCUCCCCCUCAGUAGUAGCAGCUGCGCCCCUUGUUUUCCCGUCAGUAGACGCUGCGGGCUGCUCGGGUUCGCUGGUCGCUGAAGUUAUUUCCAGUUCAGACGAGUUCACAAGCAGAGGAAACGAGGCAGGAUGUACCAUGAAGAAACCACAACUUUACAAAAGCCGCGCUAUGGGACCAUUCAGGAUGAUGAGAGGCUAUCAGCAGAAGAAAUGGAUGAGAGGAGAAGGCAGAACAUUGCCUACGAGUACCUCUGUCACCUUGAGGAGGCCAAACAGUGGAUGGAGGCCUGCUUAGAGGAGGAACUUCCCCCAACAACAGAACUAGAGGAGGGACUCCGGAAUGGUGUCUACCUUGGCAAGCUUGCCAAAUUUUUUGCACCAAAAAUGGUGUCUGAGAAAAGGAUCUAUGACAGAGAUCAAUCUCGUUAUAAGAACAAAGGGCUGCACUUCAGACACACGGACAACACCGUGCAGUGGCUCAGAGCCAUGGAGUCAGUGGGUUUGCCAAAGAUAUUCUAUCCUGAAACAACAGAUGUGUAUGAUCGGAAAAACAUGCCCAAGGUGGUAUACUGCAUACAUGCACUAAGUUUAUACUUGUAUAAACUGGGCAUUGCACCGCAGAUCCAGGACCUGCUGGGAAAAGUGGCAUUCACAGAGGAAGAGAUCAGUAACAUGCGGAGUGAACUUGAGAAAUACGGCAUUCAAAUGCCAGCUUUCAGUAAGAUUGGUGGUAUUCUGGCAAAUGAGCUCUCAGUAGACGAGGCUGCCUUGCAUGCUGCAGUAAUCGCUAUCAAUGAGGCAGUUGAAAAAGGUCAGGCAUCUGUUACAAUGGGAGCCUUGAAUAACCCUAAUGCAAUGCUAAAGAACAUCCACAACGAUCUGGCCCAAAACUACCAGGACAAGCUAAGCCAGGCCAAAGCUCGUAAGGAGGAUCAAUCCUCAGGAAGGCGAUCCUCUGUUGCUACAGAAGAAAGAGAUGUUUAUGAAGAGUUCCUGACACAGCAGGAGAUCCAGAACUGCAUUGAUUUUGUCAAUAUCCAGGCGGCAGUUGUGCGGGUAAAUCAGGCCGUGUCAAACCAGAAUGAGGCUGCUCUGAUGGAUGCACUUCGGCUUGAAGCCCUGACCCUGCUGGGUGUUCAGGAGGCAAACUCCCACUGGUACUUGAAGAGUUUUAUCACCUACUGCCAGCAAAAAGCAAAGGAUGGUGGUAAAGCCAUUAUUUUGGACAAAGAAGAGAUUCAGAGCAUUGUCAACUCUUGUAAUGAUUUUGCUGAAGCAGAGAAACGAAAACUCGAGGCAGUGGCAGCGAUCAAUAGAGCCGUUCGUCUUGGCAGUGCAGUGGAUACGGUGGAGGAGCUGAUGCACCCUGAAGCCCAACUGCCACUUGUCUACCAAACUGCUGCAAAUCUCUAUCAAGCUGAGCUCUUCAGUUUACAGCUACAAGGGGGGAGGUCUGGCCUGAGCCAUGAAGAGUUGAGUGUAGCUGUGGAAAUGUUGUCAGCUGUAGCGGUGCUGAAUGAGGUGCUGGACACUAAAGACGCCCAGGCUGUGACUGAGCAACUGACCGACUCCCCUCUAGGCUUUACCAAUAUAGACCAAGACAAUCUUAACAGGUACGCUGACACACUUAUUCAGCUGCGAGCUGAGAGUCUUGCUAAAGGCCAAGAGUUCCUCAUGUGGAAUGAUGUUCAGAAGUGCAUCGACACAGUCAACAUUCAAGUUCAUGAAGAACAUGAGAGGGUUAUCGCUAUAGCUGAGAUCAAUGAGGCUCUAAACUCUGGGGAUCAUCAGCAAACACUUGCAGCUCUUCUUUUACCGACAGCGAAGCUGAUGGGGGUCAACCCAACCACAGCUAAACACUACCAUGAUGUCCUGCAAUACACAAAAAUGCUUCUCUGCCAGAGCUCUGGAGACGAGUCUACUGUAUUGUGGUUGGACCAAAUCCAAGAGGGCAUACACACAGCCAACCAGGAUGAGGUUGAAGCUCUUGCAUUGGCUGAAGCCAUAGCAGAUAUUAACGUGGCCAUGAAUGAGGGGGACUCCCAUAAUACAUUGCAAGCCUUGCAGGUUCCCAAUGCACGGCUUAAAGCGGUGCUUUCUGAAUGUGCCAACACAUACCAGGCAGAGCUGAGACAGAUGCAAGAAAGUGGUGCUACAAAAGGUAGCAUUGAUAGUGUGUGGGUAAAACAUUGUAUCAAAGACCGAUAUGACUUCUUCUAUAACCUGGAAAACAAAAAAGGCACUUGGGAGGAACCUGAAGGAUUUUCACUCAAUUGCAGCCAUCUCAGCAAAGAAGAAAUCCAGAGUGUUGUUAGCUGUGUCACUGCAGAAUACAACAGGGAACAGUUAUGGUUGGCCAAUGAAUCCUUAGUGAUCCAGCUGCAGGCUCGAAUCAGAGGUUACCUGGUGAGGAAAAAGCAAGCCCAGAGAUUGGAGUAUCUACACCAACAAGAGCCACAUGUUGUCAAAUUACAGGCUUGCUGGAAAGGUUAUAAACAGAGGAAAUUGUACAAAGACAGAAUGAACACAUUUCAAAAAAAUGUUGCUUCUGUUGUUAAGAUCCAGUCCCUUGUCAAAAUGUGGAGAGCCAAGUGUAAAUAUAAUCAAAGGAUGCAGUACUUCAAAGAUCAUGAAAAAGAUAUUGUGAAGAUUCAAGCUUUUUUAAAAGCCAGCAAAGCCAGAGAUGACUACAGAACCCUCACUGGGGCCAAAGACCCUCCUCUGUCUGUGGUCCGUAAGUUUGUCCACCUGUUGGAGCAGAGUCCCUUGGAUCUACAGGAAGAACAGGAAUUGACACAGCUUAGGGAAGAAGUUGUCACCAAGAUUCGCUCAAAUCAGCAAAUGGAGAAGGACUUGAACCUGAUGGACAUCAAGAUUGGACUGUUGGUGAAGAAUAGAAUCACCCUUCAGGAUGUUGUGUCACAUAGUAAGAAAAUGAACAAGAAAAGUAAAGAAGAUCUGGCUGAAGGAGACAAAUUGGGCAUCAAGGGCCUUACUAAAGGCAAAAGGAGGAAAUUAGAAGCCUACCAACAUCUCUUUUACCUGCUACAGACCAAUCCGUCGUAUCUGGCCAAACUGAUCUUCCAGAUGCCGCAAAACAAAUCCACUAAGUUUAUGGAUACUGUGAUCUUCACUUUGUAUAAUUACGCCUCUAACCAGAGAGAGGAAUGUCUGCUCCUUAAACUAUUCAAAACCGCUCUGGAGGAGGAAAUCAACUCAAAGGUGGACCAGAUCCAGGACAUAGUGACAGGGAACCCAACAGUCAUCAAAAUGGUGGUAAGCUUCAACAGAGGUGCACGUGGCCACAACACCCUCAGGCAGCUUCUGGCUCCUGUAGUCAAAGACAUCAUUGAGGACAAGAGUCUGGGUAUCAACACAAACCCUGUGGAUGUCUACAAAGCCUGGGUCAAUCAGCUGGAGUCAGCAACUGGGGAAGCCAGCAAGUUGCCUUAUGAAGUGACUCCUGAACAGGCCAUGUCACACGAGGAAGUGCGCAAUCGCUUGGAGGCUUCCAGUCUGGCUCUGCGCUCUGCUACAGAUAAAGUCCUCAAUUCUAUUGUCUCCUCACUGGAUAACAUCCCUUAUGGCAUGAGAUACAUAGCAAAAGUUCUGAAGAACAGUCUCCAUGAAAAGUUUCCAGAUGCCUCGGAAGAUGAGCUGUUGAAGAUUGUUGGAAACUUGCUCUACUACCGCUACAUGAACCCAGCCAUUGUGGCCCCCGAUGGCUUUGACAUCAUCGACAUGUCUGCAGGAGGACAGCUGCACUUAGAUCAACGUCGUAAUCUGGGAUCUGUGGCAAAGAUGCUCCAGCAUUCUGCUGCCAAUAAGCUUUUUGAGGGCGAGAAUGCACAUAUGAAGCCUAUGAACAACUACAUAUCACAGACAUAUGAGAAGUUUAGGGUUUUUUUCCAGACAGCUUGUGAUGUCCCUGAACCUGAGGAAAAGUUUAAUAUUGAUGAAUACUCCGACAUGGUCACCCUGAGCAAGCCCAUCAUCUACAUCUCAAUAGAGGAGAUCAUCAACACACAUUCUCUGCUUCUGGAGCAUCGGGGGGCCAUUUCUCCUGAUCACAAUGACCUGCUGCAUGAGCUGCUGCAGGACCUGGGAGAUGUCCCCGACGUAGAGGCUUUGCUCGGUGAAGGAGCAGUCGACCCAAAUGACCCAAACAGAGAAAGUACUCUGAGCCAGCUGGCAAAGACGGAGAUUUCACUCACGCUAACCAGCAAGCUUGAGCUACUAGAUGGAGAUGACAAAGAUGUGAAGACUCUCAUGACGAAGACAAAAAAACUUAUUGUGGAUGUGGUUCGGAUUCAACCUGGCGAAACUUUGCCUGAAAUCCUAGAGACCCCAGCGAGUCCCCAGCAGGAGUCGGACCACGUCAGGAUUGUUGAGCGUCGGGCGGUGCAGGAUGCUCAGACACCAGAGGGUCUGAAGAGCAGCCCAGCAGUACUGGAGGACAGUCAGUUACCUCUGGAGCAAAAGAAGAGGAAAAUCUCCAGGAACCUGCGAAACCUGGAGCAGGCCGGCAUCGUUACGGUUGCUAACAAAUACCAGGAUAUCAUCAAUGACAUAUCAAAAGACAUUCGCUACCAAAGACGCUACAGGCAGAGGAGGAAGGCAGAACUUGUGAAACUCCAGCAAACACUGACUGCGCUGAACUCAAAAGCUGCUUUUUACCAGGAACAGAGGAAUUACUAUGAUACCUACAUCAAGACCUGCCUGGAUAACCUCAACAGAAAAAAUUCACGCAGAUCAAUAAAACUAGAUGGCAAAGCUGAGGAAAAGGGCAGCAAAAAGUGGAAGCCUCAGUCUCUGAAGUACACUGCAGCACGGCUGCACGAGAAGGGUGUCAUCCUGGAGAUAGAGGGACUUCAGACAAACCAGUUAAAAAAUGUCUUGUUUGACAUCUCACCAACUGAGGAAGUUGGUGAUUUUGAGGUGAAGGCCAAGUUCAUGGGUGUAGAGAUGGAAAAAGUCCAGCUUCAUUUCCAGGACCUCCUGCAGCUUCAGUAUGAUGGCGUGGCUGUCAUGAAGAUGUUUGACAGAGCCAAAGUGAACGUUAAUUUACUAAUUUUUCUGCUAAACAAGAAAUUCUACGGAAAAUGAGGGAGAAAGGUGAAUUUAGUAGAAAAUAAAGAUUGUGCCUUCUGACCAUGCCAUUUGUGAUGUAAAAUAAUUUGGGAGGAACUGGUUGGAUGGUGCAACAGUGUUUGUCUUUGUGUUGGUAUAAUUUUUAUGAACCACAUCACACCAUAAUGAAAUGCUAGCUCUUUUAUUAUGUUUCAAUUAAAUGAAUUUGUUCAGUUUUGUCACUUGGUGAUUGCAAAAGAAAUGUUUUUUCACAAAGAAAUUGGUACUCUUGAUUUGGUUAAAGGACCAUACUGGCCAGUUUGACAUUUAGGCCCAGUAUGUACAGUUGGCAUUCCCAUUGCUGCUAAGCAGUUUAAAAAAUGAACUUUGUAAACAGUAAAGUUAUAAACAUUUUGUCCUGUUUUCAUUAUAGUACACUAUUAAAAUGAACAUGUUGAUGCUCAAAAUAUGCAUCACCAAGAAAUCCUGUUCAGCUUGCUUACUUUGCAGUUGCCACAAAAGCUUAAAAGAAAAAAAAAGUGCAACUUGGUGGAGGGGACAGGGGACUUCAUAGUUUGUAAUGGAUUGUAUAUCCCAAUAUAUUUGGUAUCACAAACUUGAUUUUAACAGUACUGGAAUGAAUGAAUGAAUUUCAAGCAAUACAAAUCUGAAAGUUUUGUUUUUUUUUAAUUCAUCAUUGUAGUUGUAUAUUUCAGAGAUGUUUCCAGUAAAUUAAUCUUUAUUUUAAUUAUGUAUUUUUGUCUCAAACAUCAAAAGGUAUGCAUACUGUUCUGCGAAACAGGAAUCACAUGUUGCAUUUCGUGCCAGAGGAAAAUAAAGCUUUAAAGGUAGUCUAUAUCUCUGAUAUGAAGACAUAAGGAUUUAAGGUUGACUUUCAUGGCAGCCUCUUUGAAAUGACAAUGUCUGUGCCUUUUAGUAAUUGUUCAAAUGAAUGUUUCAAUUACUAAAAUUUUAAAUUCAGUAAGGGAUGUACUUUAAUAUGUAUUAUCCAUAUAUAGAUAAUUUGUAUUGUUUGAAUGAGGUGUAUGAUAAAUAUUUCCAUAAAUAAAAUUGCUCUUCAAUCAU